AUGGCGCCCCCUAUAUAUGGUAUAUAUUAUCCUGAAAACGGCGGAUACCUGCACAUUUGCACAUUGGGAUCAGGUGCUCAAGGAACCGUCUCUCUUGUGCGAUCUGUUGUCGACGGAGCCCAGUACGUCAGGAAGAUGACUACCCCGAUAGCACCACUCAAUCCAGGCGAUGCAGCUCCAGAGGUAAGCCUCUACCGUCCGCACCCGCUGAUCCCGAAGCUUCUGCAUUCUCAUGCAUAUCCAGUCUUCAAGCCAAAAAGUGCCCAUGCAAACAUGGAGAGCCACUCCAUGAUUUUUGAGUUCUGCAACGGAGGGACAUUGACGCGGUUCUUACACAUCCGAGCCUCGGACGAGACGGAGAGGUUUCUCCCGUCGAAAUUGCUGGUGUGGAAGCUGUUUGAUGACCUUCUGACAGCCGUGCACUUCCUUCACCAAGAGUGCACUCCGGGCAUCGUCCAUGGCGACGCGCACACCGACAAUGUGUUCUUGCACUUUCCCAAUGAGCAGUCCAAGAUACCCGAUUUCUGUGUGGGUGACUUUGGUCGUGCCACAGCCAUUGACGCUAACGUGUGGGAAGCAGAAGGACAAGCCGGCGAACGAAAGCUGAAGAGCCUUGAUUCAGUGCCCAUGGCUGAUCGUGCUGAAUACAACACGCAGGUGCAAGAACUGAUAAACGACCUGAUCAGAGUGCAUACAAACGUAGGCAUGCUUAUGACGGGUCUGAGAGUCGAUGACAACGUAGGCCCGGAUGAUAUCAUACCGGAACAGAAGGAAGAUAAACGAUGGCCCGUUGGGCUCUUCGACUGCUACGACAGACUCGACGAUAUCAUUGCCAGACAAACACCGGAAGCAUACAACGAGUUUGCCGGUAUCUGUCGUGACGUGCGCAAGUUCACGAGACAAGAGGCAGCGAGGGGUCGGGGAGCCUAUGAGCCCGAUGAUUACAGAGGCACACAACCGGGCGUAUACGACUGGGAAGACGCCGGUGGAAGGGACUCCCGGUGGCCACCCGAGGUCCCCUCAGUGGGCAACGAUCGCCCUCAGCUUUGCAAUUCGCUACACAAACUGCUGGCCAGUUCCCGCGAUAUCCCUGGGCCAUGGAAGAUCGCACGCGUCGAUCCCGACAGCUUCGCGGUGCUGAGCACCAAACGCCUCGAGCUUGGGUAUCAUGCAUGGACAUUGAAGGUAUGGCCCUGGGCCGCUCCAGAUCUGAUCCCGACCCAAGUCGAGCAGUUUGGAUGGGACGGCAUUUUGGAGGUGGCGAGGAGUAUGGACAAUGGAGACCCAGAUCCUGGGGCGUCCGUCCGGUCCUGA